CAUUUGGGGAAAUGGGUAGGUGUUGGUUGGUUGGGGUCUUAAUUGUGUUGGGGUGUGCCAGCUUGCUGGGUACUGUUGGAGUAGAAGGGUAUCCAUCUGAGGAUCUUGUUGUGAGAUUGCCUGGUCAACCCAAUGUUGGGUUUGUGCAGUAUGCUGGGUAUGUUGAUGUAGAUGUCAAGCAUGGUAGGAGCCUGUUCUACUAUUUUGUUGAGGCUGAACAAGACCCUCACAACAAGCCCCUCACACUUUGGCUCAAUGGAGGUCCGGGAUGUUCCUCCAUGGGAGGAGGUGCUUUUACUGAAUUGGGACCCUUUUAUCCUAAAGGUGAUGGACGUGGUCUCCGAAUAAAUUCAAAGUCUUGGAAUAAAGCUUCCAACAUUCUUUUCGUGGAGUCUCCUGCUGGAGUUGGUUGGUCAUACUCAAAUACAACUUCUGAUUAUAACUCUGGAGACGCAUCCACUGCCAACGAUAUGUAUUUGUUCAUGCUGAAAUGGUACGAGAAGUUUCCAUCAUACAGAUCAAGGGAGCUGUUCCUUACCGGUGAAAGCUAUGCAGGACACUACAUACCACAGUUAACUAAUGCUCUACUGGACCAUAAUGCUCAUUCAACUGGUUUCAAAUUCAACAUCAAAGGAGUUGCUAUUGGAAACCCACUUCUGAGACUUGAUCGGGAUGCACCAGCAACAUAUGAAUACUUCUGGUCACAUGGAAUGAUUUCUGAUGAAAUUGGCCUUGCCAUUAUGAACAAUUGUGAUUUUGAUGAUUAUGCCUAUGCAAGUCCUCACAAUGUUUCUCAUUCAUGCAACGAUGCCAUGUAUGAAGCAAAUCUCGUUGUUGGCAAUUAUAUAAACAACUAUGAUGUAAUUUUGGAUGUUUGUUAUCCAUCCAUAGUGGAACAAGAACUUAGAUUGAAAAAGAUGGCUACAAAAAUAAGUGUAGGCGUAGAUGUCUGUAUGAGUUAUGAAAGACGUUUUUACUUCAACCUCCCUGAGGUUCAGAAGGCGCUCCAUGCAAACCGUACCAAUCUUCCUUAUAGCUGGUCCAUGUGUAGUCCUGUUCUAAACUAUAGCGACACUGAUGGUAACAUCGAUAUCCUUCCAAUUCUCAAAAGGAUAGUCCAGAACCAUAUUCCAGUAUGGGUUUUCAGUGGAGACCAAGAUUCUGUUGUUCCAUUAUUGGGAUCUCGAUCACUUAUUCGUGAACUAGCUCAUGAAUUGAAGUUCAAGAUUACAGUCCCAUAUGGAGCUUGGUUCCACAAAGGCCAGGUUGGAGGUUGGGUAACCGAGUAUGGAAAUUUGUUAACUUUUGCCACAGUAAGAGGAGCUGCUCACAUGGUACCUUAUGCACAACCUUCAAGAGCAUUGCAUCUAUUCAGUUCAUUUGUGCGUGGCAGGAGGUUGCCAAAUACAACUCGUCCUUCAAUUGAUGAAUAAGGAUAAUAGUUAUGCCAACUAUAACAAAAAUGACAUGCUCUGCAGUCCCCACUUGAUUCUUUGAUCUGAUGAAUUUUCUUAGCCUUAAUAGGCCAUAGAAAGAGGAAACAGUGAAAGAGAAAGGAUUGUUUUGUUAUAAGCAAUGAAGCAACUACCAUUCUGCCACCAAUUAAAUGGAAGGAUAAGGGAAAGGAAAAUUGAAAAAAAAAAAAAGUUGAUUAGAUUCCUUCGUAUUUCUACAUUCUUCAAUUGGCAACACAAACUUCUUUUGCUUCGUU